UCGCGCGUCCGGAAAACACCCGGAAGUGAACCUGCCAGCUGCACGCGCAAUAAGGCAGCUGAAGGAGAGGUUUUUCGCGACUGCGCCAGGCGGCGGUGAAUAGUCAAUAAUGGCUUCUGCAAAGCAGCUGGCUGACUUUGGCUAUAAAGCAUUCUCCGGGUCCAUGAUGCUCCUUACCUUGUAUGGUGGCUACCUCUGUAGUGUCAGAGUAUAUCGCUUUUUCCAGAGGAGGAAUUUGCUGAAGCAACUUGAGCAGCAGGAAAUAAAUGCAGAAGCUGUUAAGGACUGAACACUGUCCUGUUGUCUGACUUAAUGCUUAAUGAAUACAAGACUGGUGUGCUGCAAUAAAAACUCAUUUCAGAAAAUGCAGCCCUGGAAUCUGCCAUGAAGAAUCACUAAUUCAGGGUGUGAUGCAUAAAAGGAUGGAAACACCUGUGGAAUUCGGCAAUAAUUGAAUGUUUCAUAUGUGGCUUGUUUCUGUAAAUAUACACUGCUAGCAGCAUCUAACUAUAAAAGAUGUUUUCACAGAA